UCACAGAAGAGUCUCUUUUGCGGCAACAGCAGAUUCCACCAAUCAGAGCGCGUCCCGGUCGGGGUCAGUGUCCGCCCUUUCUAGUGAACUAGGUCGACCCCAUUUCAUCCUCUGUGGAGGUUCGCUUCUUUCCGACGGUGUCCUGUUUUCUGAAGAGACCGGUUCUUUCCGGCUGGAGGCCCGACCCUCUGGCAGUUAGGCGGUCUCAGAGGCCUGCCGCUUUACUUUGGGCCGGGACAGAAAGCGGCGGCGGCUGCCACCAAGGGUUUGGAGUCAUGAACAGGUUUAACUUUGGAGGAACUAGUAUCCCUACAGGUUUGACUCCAGUAUCUACUGUUGCAACUACUAUUUCAAACACCAUGCUGUUCACUUCGAUGUCAAAUACUUCCACCUCCACUGUUGCUACUAAGCUCUCAUCUACAACAGCAACAACUACCACCACCACUGUCACCACCACCACCACUACUAUAAUCAACAGUGGUUUUAACAAGAAUCUAAAGCCACUGGCAUCAGCUUGGAUUAACACUGACCCAAUCAGUGUUCAUUCUGUACCUUUUACUUCGACUGUUAAUUCGAUAGCAACUCCUGUGAUGACAUAUGGUGAUCUGGAGGGUCUGAUGAACAAGUGGAGCCUUGAUCUAGAGGAACAAGAGAAGCAGUUUCUUUUCCAAGCUAUGCUAGUCAAUGCUUGGGACCAUAUAUUGAUUGAGAAUACUGAGAAGAUUAUUUCUUUACAUGGAGAAGUGGAAAAAGUGAAACUGGCUCAGAAAAGGUUGGAACAAGAAUUGGAUUUUAUCCUAUCAGAGCAGAAGGAGCUGGAAGAUGUGUUGACUCCUUUGGAGAAAGCUGUGAAGAAGCAUAGGGAGCCUGUUUAUCUGCAGCAUACAGAAGAGGAGCAUGAGAGGAUUUACAGAUUAGCAGAAAAUAUAGAUGUUCAGCUGAAACAAAUGUCCCAAGAUCUCGAGGACAUUAUUAAUCACCUGAAUGCAUUUGGAAUUCCUGCUGACACUACUGACCUGGAACAAUGCAGAGGAGGAUAGAAAAGAUAACAUGGAUCUUCAAGUAUUGUCAUGACAAGCAGUAGAAAUGCAAUAUCAAGAUUAACUUUGACUGAAUGAUAUCUUCAGCAUGUUUUUGGAUUAUUUGUUAACUAUUAAUUCUACUUAUGUCAAAUAGAGUAGUAUUUACAGCUACUAUUUAAUCUUUUAUUGCAGUGAAAUGUACUGUGUUUUAUAUUUCAGUUAAAUAUUGUGCUGUUGAGAAUUACACUGUAGUUUUGCUUUAAUAAAUCAAAGCCGUAUUUGCCCCCUUUUCCAAUCUGCAACUUAUUAGAUGUUAAUCCUGUAUGUGUAAUUUAUGUCUUACUUGCCUCAGUUCCACAUCACACCAUGAAUACACAUCUUCCUUCUCACUUUAACUGAAUUGUAGAGAGAUGUUUUCCAAAUAGUAUGUGCCAGUAAUCUUUACUGUGUGUUACACCAAAUGCAUAAUGCUAGUUACUGUAAACUCUAUCUCCUGAAAGAAACUUACUGUCUAGUUUGAGGUAUAAGUAAUUCCCAUCUGUAUAAAAACAGUCUUGACAAUACGAAGAAGUUUGUUUUGAAUCAAAUAAAGUGUGUUAAUAGAAACUCAGUGAAGGCUGGGGCCAGUGAAGGCUGGGGCCAGCGCUGUGGCGUAGCAGGUAAAGCCGCCACCUGUGGCGCUGGCAUCCCAUAUAGGUGCUGGUUUGAGUCCCGGCUGCUCCACUUCCGAUCCAGCUCUCUGCUGUGGCCUGGGAAAGCAGUAGAGGAUGGCUCAAGUCCUUGGGCCCCUGCACCCACGUGGGAGACCCGGAAGAAGCUCCUGGCUCCUGGCUUCGGAUCGGCACAGCUACAGCUGUCGCAAACAAUUGGGAAGUGAACAAGCAGAUGAAAGACGCACCCCCCUUCUCUCUCUCUCUCUCUGCUUCUCCUUCUCUCUUUGUAACUCUGACUUUCAAAUAAAUAAAAUCUUUUUAAAAAAAGAAACUCAGUGAAAGGCAGAAAAGUUAUGGCAGAUUCGGGAUUUGAAUUAGGUUUGAGCAAUUCAGUUAUUUUUGAUGGGCUGAUAUCCUGGUGUUCUACUUGGUUUCAGCAUGUGAUUUAUAGUUUUGGGUUUUUGUGUAUUGUUCAUUUAUUUGUUUUUUUAAAGCCUUGUUCUUAACUUUGAAACAGUCUGAUCUCUUGUAUUUUCUUGUUUUACCUAAGUCACAGAUGUGUUGUUCCAAAAUGAUGAAAUUAAAGCCAAAAUAAACCACCUAAAUGUGUUGAA